AUGUCCACCACACCAAACACCCAACUCACCCCCUCGACCCCCCUAACCAACCUCAUCCGCCUCUACAAAGACAUAACCCUCCUCUCCCAAAUCGCCUCACCAACCCUCGUCCUCCACCCAGCCGACCGUGCCCUCGUCUCCCCGCCCCGCGCACCCCUAGUCGGCAUCGAAGCAGCCCAACAGCACGAGGAAUCCCUCGUCAAGGCCGCGGCAGCACGCGGUGGGAAGUUGGUGUUUCGGCCGGAGAGCAUACAGGUUGAUGGGAGGGGGGUGUUUGGGGUUGUGUUGGGGGUUUUGGAGGGGAGGUUGAUUGGGAGUGAUGAUAAUAAGGGGCCUGGCGAAGAAACUAGCGAAAGGUGCUGCGAGGGAAAGGGGAGGAAAGAAGGGGAGAUUGAGAUGGCGUUUUGCGGGGUGUGGCGGUUUGAUGGGACGGGAAGGGCGGUUGAGCACUGGGAGAACGCGGCCGAUCCGGCGGCGUUGGGAAGAUGGCUUCAGGGGAAGUAG